AUGACUCACACUCAAAAGUAUGCGACUGAUCCUCUGUUGGAAUCUGAGGACCCAAAAAUACUUCCUCUGCAAUAUGUUUUGUACUGCACAGAUAGGUACGGCACAAGGGGACAAGCCCCCAUAAGAGACGACGAGUUAAUGUCAUGGAUUUGCCGAGGUGCCCAUUUGCGUCCAGCAUUGUACGUAGAGGUUGCAGAUGAACCUGUUCAAGAUGUUGAGGAAGGAACUAGUGGUGGUCAGUAUGAUGGUGCAGGGACUAGUGGUGUUGGUGGUACAAAUGAAGAUGGCGAUGACACAGAAGAUGACGUACAGGGAAGCAGUGACGAGGAGUAUGUGCCGUCCGAUGAGUCUGAUGAUGAUUACAGUGACCAUGACGCAUCUUCAGUAGUACCUUCUAUUUUCGACGACAUCAAUGACAUGGACAAGUCUGAACUAGAUGAAGAUUCUGAUGGGAUCACAAUAUGGGACAGUAAUUGGCAGACGGUUAGACAUGGUGUACAUUUUGCUAACAAGAAAGAGGUACGAACAGCUGUCGGGGAAUGGUCAUUGCGACAGGGUCAGGCAUGUCGGAUUGGCCACGAGGUUACCAGAUUUAGCAAGAGGAAUCAGAAGUACCAAGUGGUCACAUACUCACCACCUGAUCGGCCAUGGAAGGGUGGAAAUAUCCAUGAGGUAAGCUACGUCGCCAGGACGUGCACAUGUAACAAGUGGCAGACAUACAGGUUUCCUUGCUCCCAUGCGCUUGCUGUUGCCAGGUUUCUACGUCAUGAUCCAUUACCCCUUUUUGAUUCAUUUUAUAGUAGGGAACAAUGGGCUAUUCAGUUUUCUAGAGAAUUCAACCCAGUCCUUCAACCAUGGCCACAGGCAAUGUGGCAGCUGAGGCCUGAUGAUACAUUACUCGUCCACCAUGCUGGCUCAGGUCGGAAGCGUGUGAAUCGAAAGAAAGGACUUAUGGAUUAUACGAAAAAAUCUGGCAACAAGAGAAUUCAAGUUUGCGGUCGAUGUCAUCAAGAAGGCCAUAAUGCCAGUGCAUGCGCAGUUGAGAAAGUUUGCGCGCGAUGUGGAGGAUUUGAUCGUGAUACCUUCAACUGCCCAUUCUCACAUCCAUCUUCAGACAGGAUUCCUUUGAAUCAUGCUUACGAUCGAUAUGGAAUGCAUGGUGUACCCCGUAUGCAGACUGAUGAUUCUGAUGAUCAAUCUUCAGAAUUCUGA